CACUGCCGUCAGUUGCUGUGGACCGCCAUCACCAUGCCCUUUGAAACGCGCAGUCCCAUCUUGGAACUUCCGUUCGAUGUGAUCUCCCAGAUCUUUGUCUUUUGCCUCCCCCAAGUCCAAGACGCUCUGCCAUGGCGAACGGAAGCUCCGUUGCUUCUUAUCGCGAUAUGCCGACAAUGGCGCCAACUGGCGCUCGAGACACACGAACUAUGGAACACAAUCUAUCUCGAACUAAAGCCCCACAACAUACUGAGCUGCCGCCCGCUCCUCGAGUUCUGGCUCCCGCGUGCGGGGCAGAUGCCGCUCUCGCUGAGCCUGGUAUACCGCGGAAGCAAGGGACACGUGCACGCCCACAGUAACUCCCAUCCGCUCGCGACACUGAUAUCGGACUACGCGCCGCACUGGACCUCGAUUGACUUACAGACGCCCUUAUUCCUCUUAUCUAACUUUGAAGCGCCCCAGCGACCGCUCGCCUCGCUGCGGAAACUCACUCUGCACUCGGAAGGGUUCUACGGGAUAUCAUCCGACGUCAAGUUGUGCGUCUUCGCCAACACGCCGCAGCUGCGCGAUCUGCAUCUCGUCAGCGGGGUCGUCGAAGCCUCCAGCCUGGGCCUGCCGGCUGAGCAGAUCACGACACUGCGAAUGGAGCACACGACUGUGCGGCAUGCACUCGACAUGCUCGUGGCGUUCCCAAAUCUCGAGUCCAUGACCUGCAUCAUCUGGGGCGAGGCGGGCACUCCCCAAUCAGCCCCCCACGCGUCCUCACUUAAGUCGCUGCGUCUGAUCCUCAGCCACGAUCGUGGCCCGGCACUGCUCGCUCAGCUAACCGCGCCUCUCUUAGAGCGAUUGGAGCUGGAUGUUAUCCAUCGGGCACAGUUGCCCCUCGUCGCAUCGUUUGUCCACCGCUCGAGAUGCUCUCUCCGCUCAUUCUCUGUGCGGCUUGGCGAAUACUGGUCGUAUGUGGAAUGCAUGGAGCUCUUCGGGUCGCUGGAUCUCCUGGAGCACCUCGAAGUCAGAAAGGGCGGAUCCAGUCUCGAUGUACUCUUCCAGUUCUUGCUUGACAAUCCGCUGGUCCUUCCCUCGCUAAAAUCCCUGUUCGCUGAACGCACGAUUACCGAGCCUGUCAUGGCCAAGGUCAUAGCAGACUUGCUGGAAUCGCGCAGGGAGAACACGACGGUGAAAUUGGACUGCUUUCAACUGGUGUCGCCCCUCGCUGAUGGGAGGGAGCCUGAUUCAAUGCUACGCAUCACUAGAAUGAUAGAGGCCGGGAUGGAAGUUAGUGUUGUUGCCCCAGAGCAGUGGUUCAUCUAAUUUGUGCGGAUGAGAUCAGAAGUGUAAAGGAUCAAUCGUCGUCGGCCGACCCGGCCCGGAUUCACGAUCACCUGACGCUAUACACAGUGUUCGUGACCGCGGGAAAGAUAAGUAUGAAAGUCUUGCAGACCUCGACGCUCUUCAUGCUACGUCUCUUCUCAUGAAUUCCUCGCUUAAAACCUAUAAAAACCUGCGUCCAAAUUCAUUUUCAAUCCGUAGCGACGAUGCGUCCAUGUCUGCUUCUCACAUCAGGCAUUGAGGCUGCACCUGUGACCUAGCUUCCUGGAUUCUAAAUUCUUGUGCUACCAUGAUCCUCACUGGCAACACAUGCUCUCUCCAGCGUCAUCUGCUGAUUUUCGGGUCCGGCGGGGUCAAUUGGGCUGAAUAUAAGUUGCCCAUUGUCCGUCGUUGCCGACAGCCAUGUUAUCACAAUCUCUUGUCUUGCUCUCACUUCUCCUUGCACCGAAGGUGGCGGAGGGUGCCGCGGUGUCCUCGACUGCCUCCCAGACCUUUAUCGGAAUCGGUGGCUCCGGCGCUUGGUGGCCCCACGACCUGUACCAAUUUCCUGCUGCCGUCCGCACGAACCUAUCGAACCUGCUCUUCUCGCCGACGACCGGCCUCGGCCUGACAUCCUACCGGUACAACGUCGGCGGCGGAGGGGUGGGUGUAAUCAAUCCCGUGCGCGCCCCGGACACGUUCUAUGUCAGCCCGGGGGUGUACAACUACAGCCAUGAUCCGCAAGGGGUCUUCUUCAUGCAGGCUGCGGCGAGCUUCAAGGUGCCGAUCACCUUCUUUGUCAACAGUGGCCCGCCUCCGUUUACGAGCAACGGCGCCAGCUGUGGUGGCAGAUUCAUCAAUGGAACGGGUGCAGCGUAUGGCAAAUAUCUCGCGGAUGUCAUCUCGCAUUGGCAUGGCCUGGGAGUGCCGGUCCAAUAUGUCUCCCCGAUGAACGAGCCCGACGACUCGUUCGGCACGCCUGGCUCGUGUGGACAGGAGGGAAUGGAAGUCGAUGCAAACCAGCGGGCGGAGGUUGUCAAUGGAGUCUAUGCCGCGUUGCAGGCUACCGGACUGCAGAACCAAGUUGGCAUUCUUGCCGACGAGUCUUCGUCUCUAUCCAACGCGAUGAACGAGUACCCGACUUGGCUGCCCUUCGUUGCGGACAAAGUCGCUGCUCUCGUCCAUCACACAUACGAUUUCCCAAGUGACGCGUCGUACACGGCGCUAGUGAACGACGUCAACACCCUAGCUCCCGGAAAGAAGACAUGGAUGUCGGAGAUCUGCUGUUCUCUUGGAACAGCUUCUGGAGGUGGCAAAGGAUACAGCGGCGGCUACGACCCUACAAUCACAAAUGCCUUGAUGUUCUCUGGCAUGGUGUUCCAGAGUCUUGUCACCGCCAGUGAGCCGCAUUACGAUUUCUGGACUCUCGUUUCCAACGAAAUCGGAUGCCAGCCGCUGACUAACCCCAGCUGUGCCACCACUCCGAACUCGAAUGGUUGGACUGAUGGCCUGAUCUACUACGAUCCAGACUAUGCAACGAACGGGAACCACCAAUUAUAUAUCUCCAAGCACUACUGGACC